CUGGCUCCGCUUGUGGGGAAGUUCUCCUCCGAAAGACAGCAGCGAAUGUUUAUGCUGUGUUAGGGAGCCUGACGUAACGCGGCAGUAGGGCUGGUUCUCUCCCACUCUGCCUGCCUGCAUUCAUAAACGGAUAUGAUAAAGCCGCGCUGAAUACACCGGAGCAGCGACAACGGUCAGCUCUCAGCAUGGCGGAAGAGGACGACGCGAGGAUUCGGAUUCUACAAAGCCUGCGUGGCAAAAUAUGUGAAGCUAAAAACCUGGGACCAGUCUCAGGCCCAAACCGACAAAGGGACCUUUGUACCUUUUGCACCAUCAGCCUGGAUCAGGAGGAGGUGUUCCGAACCAAGGUGUUUGACAAAAGUGUCAGCCCUUUCUAUGGUGAAGACUUCUACUUCGAGAUUCCACGGCCAUUUCAGUGUUUAUCAUUUUAUGUUUAUGCCAAGAGCGUUUUCCAAAGGGAUUUACCAGUUGGUAAGGUGUCAAUUCGAAAGGAUGACUUGUGUAAAUACAAAGGGAAGGAGCACUGGUUUAGCCUUCAGCCUGUGGACCCAAACUCGGAGGUUCAGGGUAAGGUUCAUCUCGAGAUGAGACUGAAUGAAGUGAUCACGGAGAACGGCUCAGUGGGUCAGCAUUUACUUGCACAAAUAAUAGAGUGCCAGGGAUUGCCGCUAAUCAGUGGGCAGAUUUGUGACCCGUAUGCCACUGUGUCACUCGUUGGACCUGCCAGGUCUGACCAAAAGAAAACCAAGGUUAAGAAGAAAACCAGCAACCCACUUUUUGAAGAGACAUUCUUCUUUGAGGUCACACGGUCUAGCAGCUACUCCAAAAAGUCUCACUUCCAAGUGGAGGAAGAAGACAUUGAAAAGCUAGAAAUCAAAGUCGAUUUGUGGAAUAAUGAGAAUCUGGCUCAAGAUGUGUUCCUGGGGGAAACACGGGUACCUGUCAAGAUCCUGCGAAAUAAUCACAUACACAAAGCUUGGUAUCUUCUUCAACCUAAAGGGAAUGGUAGCAAGUCAAAAUCGGAUGAUUUGGGAUCCUUACGGUUAAAGCUGGCCUACGUCGAAGACACGGUGCUGCCAUCUGCCUGUUACAUACCACUCUGCAACUUGCUGCUCAAAUCUCCAGAUGUGAAGCCCAUCUCAGCAUCAUCAGCACAUAUCCUGGGGGACAUUUGCAGAGAGCGAUACGAGGCCGUUCUACCCAUGGUUCGACUGCUGCUGCAUCAUAAUCGCUUUGUGCCUUUUGUCUCUGCUGUGGCAGCAUUGGAGUUGGACAACACUCAGGAGGCUAACACUAUCUUCCGUGGUAACUCGCUAGCAACGCGCUGCAUUGAUGACAUGAUGAAGAUUGUGGGAAAGACUUACCUCGCUGUCACGCUCAAGCCUGUAAUAGAUGAGAUCUGUGAGUCCAAUAAAACUUGUGAGAUUGACCCCAAUAAACUAAAAGAAGGGGACAAUGUGGAAGUCAACAAGGAGAACCUACAAUUUUAUGUCCAGAAAGUCUUCUCGUCGAUCACUCAGUCUAAUGCCAACUGCCCGCCAUCAAUGUGUGCCGUCUUCAGGUCACUGAGACAUUUAGCCUGCAAGCGUUUUCCAGCUGACCCUCACGUCCAAUACUCGGCUGUGAGCAGCUUUGUGUUCUUGCGCUUCUUUGCUGUUGCUGUUCUUUCGCCACACUCCUUUCAGCUCCGCUCCCAUCAUCCUGAUCCUGACAUCUCUCGAACCCUCACUCUCAUCUCAAAAACCAUUCAGACUCUGGGCAGCUGGGGCAGUUUGUCCAAAAAAUUGUCUAGUUUCAAAGAAACAUACAUGUAUGACUUCUUCAAAUCAUUCCAAGAAGAUAAAUGCAUUGAAAAAGUAAAAAAGUUUCUCGAUGAAAUAUCUUCCAAUGUCAGCAAAGAGUCAAGCGGCUUGGAAGACGCAGUCGUUCUGAAAGAGGGGGAAGUCCAGAAACGGGCCCAGGGGAGAAAACGCCUUGGCAAGAAAAACUUCAAAAAGCGAUGGCUUCGAGUGACUAACAGCGAGCUUUCCUACCACAAACAAAAAGGAAAAGAAGCCGACUGUAUCAUCAAUGUGAAAAAUAUCCAGGCAGUGGAGAAACUUGACGAAAGUGCCUUUAACCGUAAAAAUAUGUUUCAGGUCGUUCAUGCUGAGAAGCAUCUGUACGUGCAGGCAGGAAAUUGCGUGGAAGCCUGUGAGUGGCUGGACGUCUUGGGCCAAGUCAGUCGCUGUAACGAGGGCCGCUUAGCCACUUUUCAUCCGUCCAACUACAGCGGCGGCUCUUGGCAGUGCUGUAAAAGCCAAAAUAGCUGCUCGCCAGGCUGCAAGCCCUGCACCAUCACCAUGCAGGCCAACCUACAACUGGACAUCGACUGUGAUCGGGAAACCGAAAGGAUUUUCUCGCUCCUCUCUGCAAAUGACACCAAGUUGCAAAACAUGGAAGAUGCGUGUGCCAGUUUGGCGGUGUACCAGGGCCCCCAGAGAGAGCAGGAGGAAUUCUCCAAGUUUACUAUUCAGGAACCUAAAGAGACCUUUCAGACGCUUAAACAGCUCCGAAACAUCAUGGAGGAGCUUCAGCGGCAGCACGAGAUCCGAAAUGACACUACGGCGCAGUACGGCAGUUUGGACAACCCGAUAGUGGGAAAAACCUCCUAGAUGAGCUGUGCCUUUGCACCAGCGAGAUCACACCAGUGACACAGGUUGGAUGUUCUUCGGGAGUCCCAGUGAAGAAAGCCCAACGGGGAAAAAAGAAGAGCUUCGACUCCCAGUCAGCGUUGCAGCUUUGAUAUCCUAAAAACGGGAAGUUAACUUGUUCAUUCCUCUGCACAGAACCAGACAGACUGCCAUUUUUGUUGUUAUCGUCUUCAUGUCCCCCCCUCAGCUUCGUAGUUCUUUUAUAAAGAGCCUCCUUCGUAGUUCACGUCCACAGCUGUGUGAGUAGGCUGCUAAUUUAAUUUUAUUCACUCAGUUUUAGUUGAAUGGCUCUGAGGAUGGACCGUCUAAACACUAUGAUGUUUUAGCAUCUUUCCACCUCUGAACAAAUAUGUACAUUUUCCAAGGUACAGAGGGAAUAGCCAAUCUGCCUUUCUUUGGAUGUUCUUUAGCAGGACAUGCUGAGGGAAUGAAUAAUGCAAAAGCACUUUAAUAUUUCUCCAAAUGAGAAACUAAUUACUGGAUACUUGGUGUAUCAGCGUUCCCCAUUUUGAUCAGUUACAUGAUCCUGAUUUUGUCUUUUCAACCCUGUAUAGUAAAAUUUAUAGCUUGGUUGAUUUUAUAUUUUUCUUGACCAAAGACAAUUUCAUAGCUCUGACUUGAAAACAAAAUUAAUGUAUUUUGAAUACGACUAUUUUAAACGUGGAAAGAAAUGUAAUAUCUAUAUAUUUGUGUAAUAUCUGUUUUAAUAAUAUAUCAUAUAUUACUUUUUUCAUGACCUGUGGCAGCAAAUGAUUUUUUUUUUUAACCUGUUUGUGACUCAUAUUGGUACGAAACUAGUAUCUCAACAGGUGACUACACAUGAAGGAAAUCCAAACUGUGUAAUGUACGCAUUUCUUGAGACCUCUAAUGGAAGAAUCUGUUCAUGACACUUCUGAGGCUUCACUGCCACAACAUAUUUUUUUUUUAAAUUCCACAAAGGGAAAGAAAUAUCAAGCAACCAAAUCCGGAUAUUUGAAAGCACAUCAUUUUUCAAAAUGAAUCUGUGCCAGUGAAAUAUAUAUUUUUAUACAGCAUUCUCCUAAUUCAGUUGUGUUAGUGAGCAAUGCCACCUUAUCUUUUAUGGCCUGAAAUCUCUAUAUCAGCUCCCUUUCAUAAAGCAUCACAUGAAACUUGGAUUUUUAUUGAAAUUGUGACCAUAUGGAAUUAACCUUUUUUUUCCCCCCUGUUGUUUUGGUAGAUCUAUUGGAAAUUUAUUUCUCAUGUUUUUUAUAUUUAAUGCAAAAAGAGAAGAUUUUGUAAGGCCCCACGCCCCUUUUUUAUGCUAUGCUAUUGAUGUCAAGCUGGUACAACACCCUGUUCACUCUUUUUGCAGGCUGUGUUGUUUUGCAGACUGAAAGGGGGAACCAGAUUCUUGAGGCAGGAACAUUUCAAACUCAGACUCUGUUAUUGCACAAUAUGCUUCUGUAGUUUUAAGAAGGGACCAUAAUCUUGUGGCUAUAGUGUCCUUUAUUUGUGCACAUUAGUAUAAUUGUAUGUUUCUGUUCUGUUCCUGAAAAUCCAUGAGGUACAGUAUGGUUUUAUUAAAAUAAUGUGCCUGUCACUUUUCUGUUAAGGGCAGUCUUUUGGUAAAAUACAGCAACUGGCUUUUUUUUUUGCCAUGUUCAUAGCAAUAUUUAUAAAGUAAAAGUAAGUGAACCGGGAAAAAUUAAUCCAGAUGGGAGUUAACAUCCUCAUCUGUUGUGUUUUAGAGAGACAAAACAAGGUCCAAUUGCAUUUUGUGACAGAAUCAAAAAUAUAUUUUAAAGCACAUUGCUGUAAUUUGAUAAAAUACUGGAUAUCCAUGUGCCAUUGUUAUUUGUUGGAUGUAGUUCACUUCUCAUGACACAGGUCAUUCCCUCUGAAUGUCUCUAUAAAUGUCCCUUUUUUUUUUUUACACAUUUUUUUAUUUUCUAAACUUGGUCUAUUUGUGUCAGUUUAAAGAAAUGUACAAUAAACAUUCUGCCAAAGCUU